UCGCCACUCGGCUGAUCUUGGCGUGCAGUUGAAUUGGACGGUCCAAACUACACAGUCGAAGCUCGCGAGUCGCGUGGCUUCUGGCGCAACCGUGUGUUACCGCUCGUUACGCUGUUCUAAACUAAACGCAUACGCAUGUCAGUAUGUUUUGCUGAAUCGAAUGGUGAAGUGUUAAAGUGUUCGUCAAGCACAAGUAGUUUGUGGUCUGGUGGUCUUAGUCAUUGUAAGACUGUAAGGUGGUUCCGCCAACCGGCUGAGCUUCUCGGAGGGCAGUGACCGCAGACGCGAUCUCGAACCGCGGCAGCGCGAGCUCGGCGCCGUGCGGCAUGGAGUGCGGCGUGGCGGCCGGCGGCUACCCCGCGCCCCCCGCGCACCCCGCGCUCUCGCCCACCGAGCGCUCGCCCGCCAAGUCCGGCCUGCACGUCAACUUCAGCGACAAGGGAGAGGUAAAGGAGCGCCGCGAGAAGUUCCUCACGGCCAAAUAUGGCAGUCACCAGAUGGCGCUGAUACGGAAGAGGCUCGCCGUGGAGAUGUGGCUCUACGACGAGCUGCAGAAGUUAUAUGAGACGCCGAAGGAGGGCGGCGGCACGGGCGCGGGCGGCGGCCCGGGGGGCGCGGCGAACAGCUCGCAGGAGGUGGAGGUGGACAUCGACGAGCUGCUAGACAUGGACAGCGACGAGCUGCGGCGCCGGCACCUCACGGUUUUACUAGCUGAUGCCAAAAAACCACAGAAAGAUAUACAUAAAUUCAUCAACGACUUGUUAGAAAAAGCAAAAACUCUUUAGGCUACGGAACCAAAUCUCAUGAAUCGAAGGUGAGGAGCGGCCGCCUGCGAGCUGCACUCCCUCUAGCUAUAGUAUCUGUAAUCAUGUCCUUAGCUCGUAGUGUGUGUGUUGUGUGUAUGUGUGCGAGCGUGCAAGCGUGCGAGACGUCACGCUGUGCGAGUGUGCGAGAGAGCGCGAGGGAGGCGCGCCGGGCGACAGCGCUGCUGUGCUGCCAUACAUAUCACGGUCACUCACGUGAAGCCCCACACGAAACCAGCAUCUGGAUUCAGAUCUCAAAGGCCCUAGUGCCCUACGUCAUCGCGUCACCGAAACUCCUAACAAAGCUGGAAAGGUACCAUCUACAAAAUUUUAUAUUUGAAAUUAAAAUCGGUUAGAUCAUACUCGA